AUGUAUUAUUUUUAUAUUGCAGUUGUUCACAGAUGGAAUCACCAAUAAACUUAUUGGCUGCUAUGUGGGAGAUGAGAUGGAUGAUGUGGUCUUAGUUAGAAUCUAUGGGAACAAGACCGAGCUCUUAGUAGACCGGGAUGAAGAAGUAAAGAGUUUCCGAGUGUUGCAGGCCCAUGGCUGUGCACCGCAGCUGUACUGCACUUUCAAUAAUGGUCUAUGCUACGAGUUCAUGCAGGGAGAAGCAUUGGAUCCAGAGCAUGUUUGCAAUCCUGAUAUUUUCAGACUUAUAGCCAGGCAACUUGCGAAAAUCCAUACUAUUCAUGCACAUAAUGGAUGGAUCCCCAAAUCUAACAUGUGGCUGAAGAUGGGGAAGUAUUUCUCUCUCAUACCCACAGAAUUUACAGAUGAGGCAGUAAAUAAAAGGUUCCUAAGUGAUGUUCCAAGUCCUCAAGUCCUUCAGGAGGAGAUGGCCUGGAUGAAGGAGAAACUGUCAAAUCUAGGAUCACCAGUGGUUCUCUGUCAUAAUGACCUGUUGUGUAAGAAUAUUAUCUACAACAAGAAACAAGGUGAUGUACAGUUCAUUGAUUAUGAAUAUUCUGGAUACAACUACCUGGCAUACGAUAUUGGAAAUCAUUUCAAUGAGUUUGCAGGGGUGAAUGAGGUAGACUACAGCCUUUAUCCCAGUAGGGAAUUACAGGAGCAGUGGCUGAGAUCUUACCUUGAAGCCUACAAGGAGUAUAAAGGAUUUGGCACAGAUGUUACUGACAAGGAGGUUGAAGUGCUGUAUGUUCAAGUAAAUCAGUUUGCUUUGGCUUCUCAUUUCUUUUGGGGACUUUGGGCUUUAAUUCAGGCCAAAUAUUCUACCAUUGACUUUGAUUUUCUAGGGUAUGCAAUAGUUCGUUUUAACCAGUAUUUCACAAUGAAGCCAGAGGUCACAGCAUUAAAACUUCCUGAGUAAUGAAGAAGGAACUUAAAAUGAAGAAGCAAUCCUAGAGAAUAACUCCUUUUUUUUUUUUUUUCUUCUGAGAACAGAUACUGGAAAAAGCUAAACGUUUGUUAAAGUUCUAUAAUGUUCACUUGGUUGUUUUGCUUUACAAAUGAUGCCUCUAAAACAGUCUUUUAAUGUUAAAUCUAAUGAAGAGCAUACCUACUGCUGUUGAUGUAAAAUGAAUUAGAAAUUUGCUAAAUCUAUUAAAAAAAAAAAAAAAAAAGUUUGUAGAGAUGGCAAGGUACUCCUUUCUUUUGUAAUUUAACAGGUUGUAUGUGAAUUAUUUAUUAUGAGUUUAACAUGAUUCCAUUGCUGCUUUCAUCACUUUCUGUAAGAGUUGAGUGGAGACAGUGAAAUUGUUCCAAAGGAUUUGUUUUUAGCAUUUAUUUUAUUAAAGUAACGUUAACUUAUAUUAAACUGUACAUGGUCAGAAAACUUUUAAUCUUUGAACUGUAUACAAAAAGUAUGUGAAUGGUAGUACACAGUAAUUAGGGGAAGGAAGAGGAAGAUAAAAAGCAGCUUUCCACAUCAUGGUACUUUUUAUAAAGAGGUUUCCCUGUCUGUUGUGAUGGAUAAAUGCCAAUAUUUUGAUUUCCCUCCCCCCUUCUGCUUAGUGUACUACUCUGUAGAACUGUGAAGGUUUUGUGACCCUCUGAUUAUUCAGGAAUAUGUACCAUCGCACAGUGUCUAACAGGAAGUGUACCAAACUGACUAAGGUGGAAGGAUUUCUUGUUUUGGUAAAUGUACAUUUUUAUUUUUUUUUUUAGAAGACCACUAUUUUAACAUCUCAAGUUAUUCCUUCCCAUUAAAAAUAGUUUUUCAAAACUGUUUGAACACUAUGUUCUGGACUAUAUGUAUAUUUUAACAUACUGCAAUAGCAGCCAACAGGAUGGACUCGAUCUAAAGCUUAGUGAAUGGAAAUCCUGUUGCACUUGGGAGCAAAACAAUAAUUGCCACUUAAGUUUACAAUCUUUAUAUCAUUUAAUCUUUCUUUUUUCACUUCUUUCUACCCUCUACUUCUGAGGGUUUUUUUUAAUACUUAGUCAAGUAGUUGUAGAUUCUAUUACAUGUUCUCGUUUUCCUACCAAAUAAUAACAGAGAUUUUACUGGUACAUUCUCACAUUCAGAGAACUUUCUCCAAAUGUAUGAGGUUUGAACAAAUGAGGCUUUGAUCAUAAAACUUUUUAAAGAGCUGCAAUACCAAGAAUGGUCUGAAUUACAAAAUAUGAAUUGAAAACAUUUGCUUAGUAACACUGUGCAGGUGGAAAGGAGGCUUUAAAUCUUAAAUUCCUGUGUGGAGUUGAGCAGCCACCUAGACAACUCCAAUUAUUCCUCUGAAAACUUUGCAUUUUGGUCACUUAAGUGCCCACAUGUACAAAGUCUGAGUAUGUGCAAACACAAACUUACCUUAAGAGCAGAUAUGGGGAGCCCGAUGCACAGACUCCAGCAAAGAUAUUUAUUCAAAUUGCUUUGUAGUACAGUGUCAUUUACACACAAGCUUGACAAAAGCUUGGAUUGUACCAGGAUGCUUAAAGCAAUCAAUGUGGAUGAAACACUUUCACCUUAAAAACAGUUGUGAAUGUCAUUCUGUUGUUUUACAAAAGCAAGUCAUUUCUUAAGUUUUGUAUUCAGUAGUGACUAGUCCCAAUCUUGUAUUUCCAACAAUCACAUUCUUAAAACAGCAACAUAAAUGGGUAAAAAAAAAUUUGAGUGAGUGAGUAACAUUUUUGUUAGUAAUUAUUAUUAUUAAAAAAAAAAAAGGUUAUUAGAUUGGGCAGAUUCUCUUGGCAUAGUCUAAUAGAACUGACUAGCUAAAACUCAAGUUAAACUUUCCUUUUGUAGCAUUAGCAAGGAUGUUUCUAGAGCUCAUGAAACUAGCAGGCAAUGAGCAGUUUUUAAUACUAGUAUCCAAAAUAAAACCUUACUUCUCACUAAGAGCAUGAAUCUGACAAUCUUGCAUUUGGUAUUCCACACUCCUCAAGGGGUGCUUCUAAUUUCAGCACGACAUGUCUUGGACUAAGAUUCUGCUCAGUGUGGGAGUGUUUCAGCUCUCGAUUUCAGAGCUGUGGUAAAAGCAGUCCUUUUGGCCAGAGUGGCUGGUCUAUUUCUUGUACUGUUCAUAUGUAGUAUAGAAAUAUGUGGAAGUGAAAAUGUGGCAAUAUUUUCAAUUUUUUUUUUUUACUCUGGGGAAAUUAACUUAAUAGAGCCUCGUCUCCCAGCUAUUCUAAAAAUUCAUCUUAUACUUUAAAAUCUAUACAGGGCUGGCUGUUUGUUCCUAAAGACAGUGCAGUCUCUGUUAAGCUGAACUCCCUUGUCACAUGCUAGUUGUAUUUUGUUUUGGAAUUGUGCUGUGUUUUUUGAUGCUUGUUUUUACGGUGCAGGUAACCAUGUUCUCGCAUAUUCGGCUUCAUGUUUGGAGCUCAGCAUUGGUUGUGCAGAGCUUCUAAUUCCACUAAACUCUCUUUAUGUAGAGCUCACAAAUGAGAAUAUUAGCACCAUAAGUUGUUUGGUUUUUUUUUUUUUUUUUUGAACUAAAUUUUAAAAGCACAAAGCUACUUUAAAGUUACAAGGCUAGGCUUGGCACUAUAAGUAGAAGCUUGGUUUUUUUAUUCGUAUGCUAAAGGUACUGCUGUCCUCCGACUCCCAUUCAAGACUAAAAUGUGACAAGCUUGGAAUUUCUGCAUUAAGUUGCUCUUAAGAGUUGCUGUUAGGGAAUGUUUCUCAGUUUUAUUUGGUGCUGCUUGGACUUUCCUUCUCUGCUAGAAGAUACUCUGCGAAUUGGGGACAACCACACAGUCGUCAAAGAGUAAAUGAGGAGAGUUUUACAGUGUGCCCAUUACAUAGGCAAAUCACUGCAGAGUGCAUGUGCUUGUAUGCUGUGGUAAAUGACAGCUAGCCUCCUAAGAAGCCACCCUUCAGCUUUUGUGGGGUAAGAGCAUAUGCAUAGGUAAUUACAAAAAUAGCUACAAUGUAGAUCCCCAGCCUUGUUUACCUGCUGGUAACUAGCUUUUAUGCCCACAGCAGAGUCAGCUAGUAGCUAGGGCAUUGUAGGUUUGCAAAUAAUUGGCCUGUAACUGCCACAAGCUUUUAAUCAACCAUCUGAACACUCAAAUAAGGAACAUAUAUUUGUUUGCUGAAGUUCAUUUUGAAAGUUCACUCUUUUUUGUAAUAAUUUAAGGAUAUUUAAAGAAAAAAGAAAAAAUGAGCUCUAGAAACAUCCCUGUGUAAUUCUGGCUUUGACUAAUCAAGAAGUUAUUCUGUUGCCUUUGUUAAACUAAGGGCAUGAAUGCCUAAAUUAAUAACUCUCUUGCUGUAGUUUAAACCUAUAUUGUAAAUAUAAAGAGGGUUGUUAGCAAUGGCAUUCAUGCAUGAAUAGCAUCAUUCAGUAGACCUGUGGCCUGGUUGCUUUUGUAAAGCAGAAUAGUGUGAAUUUUUUUUCUUCUGACAUUUCUGUAAUCAGACCUGGUUAAUCCAUGCCUGAUUAGUUACUAAAACAUCUAAACAUCAAAGACUUAAGUGAUAACCGCUUUCACAUGAUUUUAAAACUUCAUCUGUGAUUCUUAAUCUGUGUUUUAGAAAGGCAUUAUCAAACUGAUUUUCAUUAACCAGGUCUGACUGCAUAUGUACAUACAACAGUGUAAAUAACCAUUUGUAAAUUAGUGUGAAUUGUUACUGUAUCUUGCAUUUAUGGAUUUGUGUAUUGCAUUGUACUCUCUCCUUCUUCUUUGUAGAAAUGUUGAUGUAAAGAAGAUAUCCAACCUUUGUGUGCUGACUUUUUUUGUUGAUCUUGUUAAAUUGACCAUAUUCAAGGGAUCUGUGUUGUGUGAUAAUCAGAUACACACCCUGUAACAAAACAUAUUAAUUUUGUUAUUAAGGCAUCCACCAUAGUUUUACUGCCUCUGCUGUCUGCUUUCCAUUUGCUUUUUAUGUUAACAUCUGCUUUUUGGGAAUAAUGAUUCUAAAAAUAAAGGAAUUAAUACAGUAAUAUGCUUAAGAAAAAUUAUAUUCUAGUAAUAAGGCAAAUUUAAAAUGCUAAUUAAAAGAAAAUGUAUUGCCCUUCAAUAUAGGGGAAAUUGUUGAAUCUCAUUCACUCUAAAUGGGAGCACUUGUAAUUCCUCACAUACAUCAUUGGCAGCUGGUCGCUUCUGAACAGAAAUUUAAGUACCCUUUCUAUAGAGUAUUGUUCCUGUAGUAACGGAAGUGAGUUAUGGUCUGUUAGAAAAUUCCUAAACCAGCAGUUUCCAGUGUACAUAAACUGUUGUCAUAGAAGCAUUAAUUAUUAACCCUGUAACUUUGUGAAUGUUAUAAUAAAAGACCAAAUCAUUAAAAUACUUCUGGCUGUCAUUUUCCAGAACACUUAAACUACUAAAUUUGUGGCCCACUUAUGCUUGUCACAAUUAGUAUCCUCUAUCAAAUCCCAUUCUGACCUAUUAAGAGGAAAAUAUAGUACUAUCUAUACUACUAGUACUAUACUGCUAUAGUAAUAUCCAGCUUUUUCUCAGAAUAAACUUUUCCUAGAUCAGUAGUCAAAUGGAAGAGUUAAUUGGUCUGUCUUACCUAUGAAUUGAAUAAAGUGACAGUUUAAAGUAGACCUUGUACUGUUGAUGCCAAAACUUGCAUUUUGUAUGAAAGUACAACAGCAUACAGCUAUUUUUAAAUGUUUACUGUAAUAUAUUAACUGAAUUCUGUCAGAUGUCUCUUUAAUGAAGUAUUCUCCUGCCUAGGAUUAGACCAGGUUUCUUAACCCCAUAGCUGUUCUUUCUUUCUUGUAUAGAAGUUACAGCUAUAUUCCAAAUAGUCAUCCAACUUAGUAUAAACAGUUAUUAGGUUAGGAGGUCCCCCUGUUCUGAAAGUAUUAACCUCCGAAGCAAGUUGACAAAUACUAUGGCUCUAUGCAAUUACAAUUACCUUUUUAACUUACUGUGGUAUUGAGCCUCUUGUCAUGGCUGUGAUUAACAGACUUGUUGGAAAAUAGUGGGGCACAGAGAAGGAAAAAGGAUUUUGUUUUUAAAUGUAUAUGAUCUUGGUUGUCAAGUUUAUACAGAUGGUUAUGUAACUCCUAUUCUGUCAGAAUCCAUGUGCCAGACAAAACAAAUACUAAUGCUUUUUAGAAGCGAGAUAUUUCAUAUUACCUAGGGUCCUGGAAAGCAUUAUUUAACUUUAAAUGCUUUGGGGAUCUAAAAACAAGUAUCAAAAGGUAUUUGUGGGGAGGAGGGAUUCACAAAUUACAAAGAAGGGGAAAUAAGCCAGUUGAAGCUUUGGUCUGCCUUUUGAUCUCACUAUACUUUUGCAGUUCACCGAUUUUAAUCAAAUUCUAAAGGAGAAAUUGCUCAGUGCUGAAGCUGAACUACUUUAAAAAGGAGGUUGACACUUAACAGAAAAACUCUAUCCUUAGUCCCCUUCCACUAAAACAAUUUUUUUUUUUUUAAUGGACAUACUUGUUUAAAUAGAUCACCUUUUUCUUGCUAAAACCUUCACUUUGUACCCACGAGAUUCCAGUCCCUUUCAUUCUCACGGCACUUGCUUUGUGGGUGGUUGGGUGGGCUGACUCUUAUCCAUCAGUUUGGGCUCUCCAGUGCUAUUUUGGUAUUUUGUUUUAAUAUAUGCCUUUCAAAAAGAUGCACUUGAAACAUAUUAAAUAC